AUGGAAUCGUCGAAUAAUAACACCACUUCACCGAUUGAAUCUUUUACCACGAAUGUUAUAACUCUUUCUAACAUUGUGAGUGUAGGCUGGCGCAAGUAUUCUUAUGCUUGUUCCUCCGACCAACUCCGCUCUUUUAUCACCUCCGCACCUCUACUGUCGUCGUGGUCAGAAGCCACUAGUCUUCCACCAAUGGACGAUCCUAUCGUUGCUAACUACUUGAAGCUGCUCGAAGAAGGAGUUCCAUGUACGUGGCAAUACAGUGGUGAAUCAAAAGGUAGCUUUGAAAAUCUUUUUACAGACAAUAUGAUACUGCAUAGAGAACUGUGGAUUUUUUGGCUUGAGGGGCAGAAAAAUGACCUCUCCUCUCAAAAUAAUUUGAAACAAACAGAUGGAGGAAGUUUUUCUUUGAAAGAUAUCGAUUCUCACACAACAGAAUAUCAUUUAUUCAUAAAAUCUAUUAAAAAUUUAAUAAGCCGAUCUUUAAUAGGGAAAGGUGCAGUCCCUUUGGGUGAAUGGAACGCCUUUCCACAAAAUUUUCAGAUAGUAUAUGAAAGGUUAGAUAAACCGAUUGUAAAAUAUCAAAGUUUACGUCCUCUAGAGCCUAGCGACCUUGAAUCACCAGAUAGCAUACGAACCGUAAUAUCUCCUUCUGGUCUACGAGCCGAUAUACUGCCUAUUCAGCGCUAUGAAGAAGAGGACGUAUCUGCUAUCUCGAAAGAGUUCAAGACAUUUUUUAAUCUUGAUACAUCAAAAAUGUCUGGCACAAAUGAAUCAUAUUUACCUCCUUUAGUGCAAAUAUCAAUAAAGCAAGAGGAUGUCAUAAAAGAAUUUCCUUACCCUUCACAAUAUAUAUAUGUUGUUACUGAGGGUAAUAUAAGCUAUCAACGUGGAAUUUCGGAUUUCGGAAUGGGUCCUGUAUUAUGGAGCAAUUUGGAUGGUGGUUUAACAAAUAAUAUUUUGUCCAAAGACCAACUUCUAAAUGAUAUCAAUUGGUGGCACUACAAUGAUCCGUUACGUGAUGUGGUAACCGUACUGAACCAAAGGGAUUUUCAUGACUCAAGUGUCCCAUCUCCAUCCGGUCCAGAAACUCCAAUAGUUAACGUUACUUUUAAUGCAAACUCCCCAGCGCCUUCUUUAACUCCUGUAUCAAGGUCCAAAAAACGGCCUUUGGGAGACACGAGAGCUUAUCCAUCUCCACCUGAUGUAGUCCAACCGAUGUCUGCUGAAGGAUUGAUUCCACAGCUGCAAAAUGAAGAUACACUAUCUAUCAGUGACAACAUGAUGGCUAUGAUGGAGUUUGACUACGAUCCAAACUUCACGGAAAUAACGGAUGCAGAUUUUGAUGUUUUUAAUAAUAAUGGAGAGCCUCUAGCUCACACAACUGCGCCAACAAAUUAUCUAACACCAGCACCAGAUGCAACAACAGUUGUCAAAGAACCAAUAUCUAUUACACCGCAGUCUCCACCGAAGAAAGCAAACAAUAUUCACUAG